GUGCCAACCUCCUGGACCCCAUGUUCCAGGGCGAGUACCGCGAGAAGCCGCGGCACGAGGCAGACCUGGGCGCGGUGCUGGCGCGGGCGCACGCCGCGGGCGUCGGCCACAUCAUGGUCACCGCGGGCGCGCUGCAGGAGGCCCGCGAGGCGCUGGCGCUCUGUGCUCGCCAGGAGGGCUCGUGGCCGCAGCUCUGCUGCACGGUGGGAGUACAUCCGACGAACUGCUGUCAGUUCGACGCGUUCGACGGUGGCCCUGAGGGCUACCUCGCCCAGCUGCUGGACGUGGGCCUGGAGGGCCGCGGCCGUGUGGCCGCCGUGGGCGAGUGCGGGCUCGACUAUGACCGGCUGCACUUCUGCCCACGGGACGUGCAGCUGAAGUACUUCGAGCUGCAGGUGGCCAGCCUCGCCCCGCAGCUGGGGCUGCCGUUCUUCCUGCACUGCCGCACCUCGGAGGCGGCCCAGGACCUGCUCGGACUGCUCGAGAAGCAUCGGGCGGUACUGCCAUCGCCUCCAGGCGUUGUGCACAGCUUCGACGGCACGCUCGCGGACGCGCAGCGUUUCAUGGAGUUUGGAUUUUAUAUCGGUAUCAACGGCUGUUCGUUGAGAACGGCUGACAACUUGGAGGUUGUUCGGCAACUGCCAGCAGAUAGGCUUUUACUCGAGACCGACGCUCCGUGGUGCAGCAUUAAGGCUACGCACGCGGGGCAUGGCCUCGUGAGGACCACGUGGGACGAGGUCAAGAAGCCAGAAAAAUGGGAGGCUGGCAAGUGCGUGAAGGAUCGCUGUGAGCCGUGCCACUUGCGCCAGGUUCUGGAAGUCGUGGCUGGGUGCCGUGGCGAGGAACCCUCUCGGCUCGCUGCCCAGGUGCUGGAGAACACCAGGAAAGUGUUCCGCAUGGGCGAUGGCUUCGGCUGA